CUCCUGUUUUGGCAAUUCCAUCUUUAUUAUCUUUAGCCUGUUUUGCCUACCAAUCUCUGCAUCCGACUACUGAUUAUCUAUUUUCUUUAUCUGGUCAUAUGAGAGCUCCAGCUGGCUAGAGAUUCUCCGAUCAUCGUUACUAACUCCUUCGCUCGGUGCUGUGCUCCGGAUGACGAUAGUCCGUCUCCACCUGAGGAGUCACAUUCACAUUCAUACCUCACCUGUCUCUUUCGCUCGCUUCUUUGGCUAGAGUUCCCCUUCGUAUCCCGAAUCCCAGUGUUUUCUGAAGGACAGCCUACAAUAUGCCAGGGUCCAAUGGCCAAACAGUCUCUACCAUCGACAAACGGGACUUCGACUCUCACCGUCCCUUACUAGACAGAUUGGACGACGGUGCGGAUGGAGAGGAGCACGGAGCCAACAGGUCACGACCAGUGUCCAGGCUAGCCGCAGCAAACGACGAGGACGGUCUGCUGAACGACGUGGUCGAAGAGAUUCUGGAGCGAGACCGCAAGAAGAUGGCCAAGGAAGUCAUCCGAAUCGGCAGCUUUGCCUGGGGGGUGCUUACUUGCCUGGGAGCUGGGAGCAUCACGGCGUUCUCCCUUUACGGUCCUCUUCUGCUGACUCGCCUUCAUUACACUCAGCUCAGGGUCAACGCUGUCGCGAUCGCCGCGGAGGUCUCGAUGUACCUCCCUGUCCCACUCUUUGGCUACCUCUGUGAUCGAUACUCGCCCUCGCCCCUUGCGUUGCUCUCCGGGAUUGUGUUUGGGGCCGGCUACCUGCUGGCUGCCUUCGCCUACCGGAGCGGGCCGCCGCCCGAUACCGGUGGUGAAGGCUGGCCUUUCUGGGUGAUGGUGGUGGCAUUUAUUGCCAUCGGGACAGCUACCAGCUGCAUGUAUCUAGCUGCAGUGACGACGUGCGCGAAGAACUUCGGCCGGGGCAAGCACAAGGGGAUCAUGUUGGCCGUUCCGAUUGCCGGGUUUGGGCUGAGUGGCAUGUGGCAGAGCCAGCUGGGAACCUAUAUACUUUACGAGCCUCGCGAGGACGGUAGCCGUGGCGAUGUGGAUGUGUUCAAGUACUUCGUCUUCCUCGCUCUGCUGCUCUUCUGUAUCGGUGUAGUCGGUACUUUCGCUCUGCGGAUUGUGGAUGAGGAUGAGGAGAAGUACAUUGACGAUGCGGUUGAGGAGCUCGAGAGGAGCGGUCUCCUCGAAGAGAGCGAGUUCUUCCGAUCGAGAGACGAAGUUCGGUCUGCUUACGGCACAUUCGCGGCCGAUUCCGACGAGGAACGCACGCUUGUCCGGUCGGAAGAGGAGCUGGAAGCAGCGAGAUUGGACAAGCAGAGGGAAGACGAGGAGCGCAGGAAGAAGGACUGGCUCCUGAACUAUGAGACGAGGGUCUUCCUCGAGGACAGAUCCAUGUGGUGGCUUGCAGUGGGCUUCUUCUUGGUCACCGGACCCGGAGAGGCCUACAUAAACAACCUGGGCACUAUUGUACAAACACUGACUCCCAUCUCCAACCUCCCUAAUGCCCCAUCGCCCGCAGGCCUACCUUCUACGCAUGUCACCACCGUCGCAUUGACCUCGACCAUCGCGCGACUUCUCACCGGCUCGCUCUCCGACUUCUUCGCCCCGCAAGCCCGUCACCUCUUGCCCGGGGGCAACCCAGACCUGAACCGACCGGCAUCGCCAUCGGACCCCGGGAACAGAGUCACCUUCACGCGACUGGCGUUCCUCCUCCCAUCCGCAUUCCUCCUGUCCCUCGGCUACCUCCUCCUCGCCUCCCCCUUACCCCUCCAAUACCCGGGCCUUACGCAUAUCACCACUGCCCUCGUUGGCCUCGGCUACGGCAGCGCCUUCUCCCUCGUCCCCAUCAUCAUCUCCGUUGUCUGGGGCGUGGAGAACUUCGGCACAAACUGGGGCAUCGUCGCAAUGGUCCCCGCCGCCGGCGCAGCAGCAUGGGGCCUGAUCUACUCGCGAGGCUACCAGGACGCGACGGACGGCGGCAACAGCACGCCGGACGGCCAGUGCCACGGCUGGAGAUGCUAUGGGUUCUGGGCAGUAGGAUGCACAGUGAGUGUGUGGGUGGCUAUCGUGGCUUGGUCCAUCGCCUGGAGACAUUGGCGACGAAGGGGGGUAACCGUGUAGCUUUCUGUGUCUGUUUAUUCAUUUAUUUCCCUGCAUGUGUGGGGAUUUCUGGCGACCAUCUAGUUUUUCAUUGGGCGAUACUUGGGUAUAUUGACAUCCGUAUAUAGACGUG